CCCCAAUUCUCCCCCUUCCUCCCUCCUCCCACCCAACAGCAGUUUGAUUAAUGACUCUCCAGGCAGGAAAGGGGCUUCAACCCUGAGAAGGGGACCCUCAGGUAGUUAGUUGUGGAUUUCCCAGUCCUCUGCAACUGUAGGCGGAUGGAGAGAGACCUCGCAUUUACAGACAGACCAGACCAUCAGUGAUUAAUAAAGAGUUUCAGCAACCAGACCCGAGGCUCCAGCAGAACUGCAAUGUGAGGGGCCAGCAGACUUGACCCGACCCUCGCAGAGCACACGCUACCUAGGACAGACGGGCAACGACCUAGAACAGACCUGCAGCACCCAAGCUGCGCCUUCUCCACUCCCUUCUAGGAAAGCCGCGCGCCCGACGGCUCCGGGAAGAAAGUACCCGAUGGGCAAAUUUAGAGACAUCUCCUUACCAAAUGUUCCUACCUACUAUUUGUGCCCGACUUGUGGUAGAGCCUUCCGAGCUCGUACUGCUUUGAUCAGCCAUAGCUGGAAACGCUGAACACUGACCCUACACCUUAAUGUCAUUUUGGUCCUCUUCGAUUACGAAGGACAACAACCAACGGGAAAAGUACAGCCUGAGGUUGCAGUUCGCAGGUAACUCAAGUAGCUCAGUGCCCGAGAAGACGCCCAUGGACUGCAGCAGCAGCGGCUCUGGAAGCAGCCAGCCCAACUCCAGCCCCGAGUCGGAUCCGCCGCUCCCCACCACAGUCGCCGCUGGCAGUUCUCCAGCCGCGCCCGGGCCUGGGCCCCGGGCAGGGAGCGGGAGGCCGGCGGCUGCGAACGCUGCCCGGGAGCGUAGUCGGGUGCAGACUUUGAGGCACGCCUUCCUGGAGCUUCAGAGGACCCUGCCCUCUGUGCCCCCAGACACCAAACUCUCCAAGCUCGACGUGCUGUUGCUGGCCACCACCUAUAUCGCCCACCUCACCCGCAGCCUUCAGGACGAGGAGGACGCGCCCUCAGACCCGGGGCUGGGCGCUCUGCGAGGCGAUGGCUAUUUGCAUCCGGUCAAGAAAUGGCCCAUGCGAUCAAGAUUAUACAUUGGUGCCACAGGCCAGUUUCUGAGUCAUUCUGUGCUAGAAGAAAAACCCAAACCAGGAGAUGCCCCAGCAGACUCACAACCUUAGUCUCCCUUCUGCUUUGUAAAGUAGCAAGAAACUUCUAUUUAUUAGAAAGAUGUAUUGAAUACAUAUCUUUAGACAAUAGCAAUUAUAAUUUCUCAAAGUUUGUGAAUGAUACUACAUACUGGUGCUCCACUUUUUGUUUCCAAGCUAAGUAGAUGUGAAAUUAAAUCAUUAUUCUAAUAAAAUCCUCUAUUUGGUGUUAGCUACCAUAACCUAGUACAAUACAUAGCAUUUACAAAGCAACUAAGAUUCAUAUACAAUAAAAUAUGUAUUUAUUUGUUUGUAUAUAUAUGUUAUACACAUGCACACACAAAUUCCACUAACUGUAUUAUAUAUGACAAAUAAAAAUUUGGCGUGUUUACUCAAUGACAAGUUGUGUCCGUAGUUCACUGUCACUCCAAUUUUUUUGAAGAAUGAUUAUUGGCUGUGAGCGAUCCAGUAAAAUAUUUCAAUCAAAUAUGAUAUAGAAAUCAGUUUGUUCAUUAUCACUGGGUAUAUUUGAAGUGAAAAAAAUUUCAGGUCUAAUGAGGACACAGAGAUCUCCAUCUCUAGCUGUUUCUUCCAGUGAAAGCCCACCUUGUUGACAGUAUGCUGUCUAGGUGGCAGUUUGGUGAUGCUCCCAGUGGUUUCAUGGAUAGUUUCCUAUCUUUCCAAGUGGUCAAAGCUCCAUACCAACAUGAUUUCUACUUUGUGGCACUGGCUAUAUAACAUUCCCUUCCUUCUUGAUAGUUCCAUCCCUCCUGAUCCUAUUUCCCUGAGGUUCUCCUAGAGAAGGUGGGUUUUGAUGCAGGAGGCCCUGCCUGGAGACCUCCCGUCUGGAACGUCCCUGGAGUCUGGAUCUAAUGAACUAUAAGAUUUUUACUGUCUACUCUAGAGACAAAAGGGUCCUAGGCAAAAUUGUGGCAUAGGGAAUGUUUGUCUUUGGCACUUAACCACUACCUUACCCUACCCCACCUCAGAAAAUGAAUACUUAAUAUUAAGAUGUUAGGCAUCAGAGGGAAAGAUGCUUGGAGAACCCCUUAAAACAUAACAGGUAAAAGACCCCCAAGUUACUUGUAAUAAGGCAGGCAGUUUCUUGCUGAGGGUAUUGUUUGGUCCAGGUAGAAAAGUACUAGAAAUGACCCACUCCCUUGAGGAUGCUGCAAAUCCUUUAAAGCAGGGCUAGGAUCUUGCUUUGGUACUACAUAGUAAGUGCUUGAUUAAAACUUACAGAUGGGGGCUGGGAUAAUGGGAAUUGUCAUAAUGUGAUGUAGCAGUUCUGUGUCAAUCUAGUCACUGGUUUCAAUUUUCUACCGGGACCAAGAGAAGGAACAGAACCAGAAAAUAGAGUCUCAUAAUCUGGGAAGAGCUAAGAUAAUAGUAAAAAUACCAUGAUUUGUUAGGGGAUUUUGUUGAGAAAAAUAGCACCUACGGGAAUCUGUUUAGUGCAUUCCUAUUCCCAUUUUCCUACCCAAGCUCCUUUGUGCUCUCUUUUAAACCUACAAAAUCCUUUUUGUUUGUUGACAGUCUUGGGCUUUUAAACCACUGGCUCUCAUUGCACAGUAGAGAAAUAUUUUAAGCACACACAUCUGGUUUGUUCCUUCUCUUCAUUUUCUUUAGGCAUCCUGGGCAUAUGAAUAAGGAGCUGGUUAAAGAUGGUCUUGCAGCACCUAAAUUUCUUUGUGAUUUUACAUUUUUAAAUGUGAAUGUAUGUUACUUCAAAAGUGACUCAAAUAUUGUCUUGUAAAAAAUACAUAACAUAAUAAAAUUCUUCCUAGAUGAUUAAAUGUAGUGAUAAUAUAUGUAUAUUUAAAUAUUGCACG